CCGGGAGCAGCAGCCUCACGUACAUCUCUGACUUCUUCGUACCCUGACCAGCAAUCAGAUUCCUUCCCCCAAGAAGAUGGGAACUGUCAAGGAUCAGCUGAUCUUGAAUGUCCUAAAGGAAGAACAGACUCCCCAUAACAAGAUAACUGUUGUUGGGGUUGGUGCAGUUGGCAUGGCAUGUGCCAUCAGUAUCUUAAUGAAGGAUUUGGCUGAUGAACUUGCCUUAGUUGAUGUUAUAGAAGAUAAACUAAAGGGAGAGAUGAUGGAUCUCCAACAUGGCAGCCUUUUCCUCAAAACACCAAAGAUCGUCUCAAGCAAAGACUAUUCUGUGACUGCCAACUCAAAGCUGGUCGUGAUUACUGCUGGGGCCCGUCAGCAGGAAGGAGAAAGUCGUCUUAAUUUGGUCCAGCGUAAUGUGAAUAUCUUCAAGUUCAUCAUUCCCAAUAUUGUUAAAUACAGCCCUAAUUGCAAGUUGCUUGUUGUCUCCAAUCCAGUGGAUAUUUUGACAUAUGUGGCCUGGAAGCUAAGUGGCUUUCCUAAAAACCGUGUUAUUGGAAGUGGUUGCAAUCUGGAUUCUGCCCGUUUCCGUUACCUGAUGGGGGAGAAACUUGGUAUCCAUUCUUCAAGUUGUCAUGGAUGGAUCCUUGGGGAACAUGGAGACUCAAGUGUUCCUGUAUGGAGUGGUGUGAAUGUUGCUGGUGUCUCUCUGAAGAGUCUUCAUCCUGCUCUAGGAAGUGAUGGUGAUUCAGAGCAUUGGAGAGAUGUUCAUAAACAAGUAGUUGAAAGUGCUUAUGAGGUGAUCAAGUUGAAGGGCUACACUUCCUGGGCCAUUGGCUUGUCUGUGGCAGACCUGGCAGAAAGCAUCAUGAAGAAUCUUAGGAGAGUACAUCCGAUUUCCACCAUGAUUAAGGGCUUCUAUGGCAUUAAUGAAGAUGUCUUCCUUAGUGUUCCAUGCAUCUUGGGGCAGAAUGGCAUUUCAGAUGUGGUGAAGGUUACCCUGACUCCAGAGGAAGAGUGCCGUUUGAAGCAGAGUGCAGACACUCUUUGGGGGAUCCAGAAGGAGCUGCAAUUUUAAAGCCUUCUAAUAUGCUUCCACUUUACUGUCUAGAGAACAUGAUAGUGGUUAAGGGAUGAUGUAUGAUGCACAUUUCAAGUGGGUCAAAUCUUUCCUCGGAUGAGUGAUUCAACACCAAUAGAAAGCAGAAAUAUAAAUCCUAUGAACAUCUACAGUUUAGAGAUGGGGAAUAUAGUACAGUGACUCCUAUUUGUUAAAUCCUGUUUGCGAAACCCUGUUGUUGCACAGUGAUGCUGGGUAUGACUGGUCUUGUACCAAAGUCAUGAAGUGCUUGUUUGUCAAGCUAAGUCAGCUCCCCACAGGUAUGGUACUGCCUGCCUUGUAGGUGCUACCAGCUCCUACUUACCCCUUAGAUCCAAAAGUCAGUUUUUGGUUCCUGUAUUCACACCACCAUACAGUAGUAAUACUCUGCUGAUGGACUGAUUACCUUUGGGGGCGGGGGGCUUACCCAUUAGAGUUCUACAGUAUUUCCCCAUGCAUCACUUUUCCAGAGGACCCAGUUCUGUCUACUAUAUAUAUAUAUCAGUAGUUGUACAUUUCAAUUAUAAAAAGGAUCUAUAUAGGUACAACAAUUCAAUUCCUCAUGUGUCAUACUAACCCAAAUAUUGAAUAAACAACAAAUAACUUAU